GACGUGAAACACAUUCACAGGUAACGUCAUCGCAACAUAUGCGAGUGUCGACUCGCGCUGAAAAGCAUCCAAACACAGCUCAUCGCAAAAAUAAUACACAAUUGUUAUUCACCCUUCGCUUGUUAUGUAAAUACGCUGACGACGUAUUGUUUUCUUUACGAUUAAUUAUCGUAUCAAACUCGGUGUUGUGAUACAGAAUGUAAAAUUGUGGAUUGAUUCAACGUCGACGUGCGGCUCCUGCGACUUUCAGCAUCCCCGAGUGCUAUUUACGAGAAUCUUAUUGUGGAGAUCUGGAAAAAUUUACUAUGACAACUGAGAAUAAAGAAGGAAAAGAGGCAUUGAGUUCGUUUGCUGAAAAAUGCGCGAAGUCAGUGACAGAAUAUGAUCAAAUGAUCAGUGGGCAAUUUCUGAUCAGUCCCACUGAAGAGCAAUAUGAACUCCUGCUGCAGAGACUACAGCAACAACUAGGAGAAGGCAGGGGAGAAGUUAUUCUUGAAGUGGGAGGUGCAGAAGAUGGAAAAGAAAAUGGUUUGAAAGAUGAUGAACUGGAGGCAUCUGUAGCAACUCUUCAGUCCUUGGCUUCAACAUUAGGUUGUAGCUGUGUGAAACUCCGUGAGAGGAAGGAAAUAGCUGGAGUUGUUGUGCAAUACUUAAUUAGGAGAGUUCUUGAUGAAAAUGAUUUCCUGGAGAUUAGAGUGGCUGUGGUAGGUAAUGUAGAUGCAGGGAAAUCUACUCUCCUAGGAGUUUUAACUCAUGGUGAUCUUGAUAAUGGUCGCGGCCAUGCUCGUCAACGACUAUUUCGUCACAAACACGAAAUGGAAUCAGGCCGUACCAGUUCAGUAGGGAAUGAUAUUCUGGGUUUUGAUGAACAAGGCAACGUGGUAAAUAAACCCGAACACGGAUCAUUAGAUUGGGUGAAAAUUUGCGAGAAAAGCUCCAAAGUGAUCACUUUCAUUGAUUUAGCCGGUCACGAGCGCUACUUGAAAACAACAGUGUUUGGUAUGACAGGACAUGCUCCUGAUUUUGGUAUGUUGAUGGUAGGUGCAAAUGCUGGUAUUGUUGGCAUGACGAAAGAACAUCUCGGAUUGGCGUUAGCUCUAUCCGUACCAGUUUUUGUUGUGGUCACUAAAAUCGACAUGUGUCCCGCUAAUAUCUUGAACGAUAAUUUGAAAAUGUUGGUGCGCAUUCUGAAAUCACCUGGGUGUCGCAAAGUGCCUGUUAUGGUGAAGACAAGCGAUGAUGUUAUUCUGAGCGCGACAAAUUUUGUUUCCGAGCGUUUGUGCCCAAUCUUCCAGGUGUCGAAUGUGACUGGUGAAAAUUUGCCAUUGUUGAAGCAAUUUCUCAACUUGUUGACUACUCGCAUGGAGUUUCAUGAGAAUGAACCUGCAGAGUUUCAAAUUGACGACACGUAUGCUGUACCUGGUGUGGGGACAGUGGUUUCGGGUACAACACUUAAAGGUGUCAUUCGUUUGAAUGACACAUUGAUGUUGGGACCGGAUCCUCUUGGUCACUUUCAACCGAUUGCGGUGAAAAGUAUUCAUCGGAAACGAAUGCCUGUUAGGGAAGUACGAGCAGGACAAACUGCCAGUUUUGCCCUUAAAAAGAUAAAACGAUCUCAAAUUCGUAAAGGUAUGGUCAUGGUAUGCCCAUCAUUAAAUCCGCAGGCUUGCUGGGAGUUUGAAGGCGAGAUCCUCGUCCUGCACCACCCAACGACAAUUAGCAGCCGCUAUCAGGCGAUGGUACAUUGUGGAAGUAUUCGACAAACCGCAUCAAUAAUAUCAAUGUCAAAAGAUUUCUUGCGGACAGGCGAUAAAGCCCUAAUCCAUUUCCGCUUUAUAAAAUACCCGGAGUAUAUGAUACCCGGUCAGCGAAUGGUGUUCCGUGAAGGACGCACGAAAGCUGUUGGUAACGUGGUUCGCAUUAUAACCACAUCAAACUCCAUUCCGGCAAACAGUCGAGUGAAACCAUCAAAACAGCACCAGCGCUACGUGCAGAGUCAAAACGGCCCGCAAAACCAACAAACGCAACAAAAUAAAGAACAGCAGCAACAACAAAGUUCUUUAUUACAACAGUUUUCGGAAGCUGUCGUAGUAGGUGAGGCAGAUUCCGCUUUCGAAGCUACGACAGACAAGCGCGAUGCUUCGAUUCAUCGUUCCGUAGGAGGAGGCGGCGGGGCAGGGAAGAAAUCUCGCGGAAAGCGUGGUGGUCGACGGUACAAUGGUAACGUCUCCAACAAUAACUUAACCAACAUGCCGAAACCGCUCGCUGAAGCUGCCCCACCAAUCACAAAAGUCCAAUAAGUGUACACCACAUAAUUUACACGUUCAAUUCCGUUCUUGUCGUUUCUGCACGUUAUUUAAAUCGACAUUUUUACUUUGUGACUUCAUGAAAUAUUUAAAGAAAUAAAUCUAGAUUUAUUUACAUCCCA